AUGGUUAACUCUUGUUCUGGCUCUGUCUGCUCUGAUCAGGGUGGUGACCAAGGCCUCUGCCAGGAGACCUGUUGCCAGCCCAGCUGCUGCCAGACCACUUGCUGCCGCCCCAGCUGCUGUGGGUCCAGCUGCUGCCGCCCUACCUGCUGCCAGACCACCUGCUGCAGGACCACUUGCUGCCGCCCCAGCUGCUGUAGGCCCAGCUGCUGUAGGCCCAGCUGCUGCAGGCCCAGCUGCUGUAGGCCCAGCUGCUGCAGGCCCUGCUGUGUGUCCAGCUGCUGCCGUCCCAGCUGCUGUGGGUCCAGCUGCUGCCGCCCUACCUGCUGCCAGACCACCUGCUGUAGGACCACUUGCUGCCGCCCCAGCUGCUGUGUGUCCAGCUGCUGCAGGCCCUGCUGUGUGUCCAGCUGUUGCCGCCCCACCUGCUGCCAGACCACCUGCUGUAGAACCACUUGCUGCCGCCCCAGCUGCUGUGGCAGUUCUUGUUAUUGA